AUGGAGGAGUGCUCCCAGAUGCCGAAGCUCGCCGCCGCUGCCCCGGAGGGAGGAAAGCGGCGCCAGGGCCUGUUGGAUAAAGACAGCGUGAGCGGCCGCCUGGGCGAGGGCGGGACGGCAGCACCGGGGGCGUUUAGCUGCUGGAGGCCGGUGCCGGCGACGCUCCCCCGGCUGGGCUCGCCAGCCGUGUGGGAAGGGAAGGGGUGUGAGGGCGGUGGUGACGGCUACAACGGUCGCGCCGCGCGCCUGUCACGUGGCCCUGGCGCGGCCUGGAGGGACACGGCGGCCUUCCGAUCCGCCGUGGCCCUCGCCUGCGGCCGGGGCGCCGGGCCGGCGCUGGAGUGCUUCUGCUGGGCUGGCGAGGGAAGGAGGCAGGGAUGGGGCUUGGGUCCUUCGGAAGGAUGGCACAGUGUGUGGAAGAACGCGAAAGGAAAAAGGACACAAUCGAAGUACGAAGCUUUAGGUGUGGCUCCAAUGGAAGAAGAGUAUUUCAGUGAUUCAAUGAAAGCUAAGCUAUUGGCAUUCAAAGCUAAUAACAUAAGAUAUGCUAAUACAUACAGACUGGAGUCACAUAAUAAGUUUCGGGAUUAUUUAGUAAGAGACAAAGCUCAAGCGAUACUAAUGAAUAGACUUCAAGCCAAAUACGAUGGAAUUUCCAGUCCCUCCUUGUGUGCUUCAGUCUCAGAAGAAAUAUUAAAGGCUGUGAAGGAAUUGGACUUUGACCGUUAUAAGUAUGUGGUAUCAGUACUAAUUGUGGAAAAGGCAGGUCAGGCAAUAAGGGUUGCCAGCAGAUGGGCCUGGGAUGUUCAAAGAGACACUUGGGUUUCAGCUAAAUGUGAAACUGAAACAUUUAUUGCACUGGCUUUGGUAAUGGCUUGUUAUUACGAGUAA